UUUAAGGUAAAUUUUAUGAUUUUUAUUGUGAUACACCGGACUCAUUCAAGAAAUACCGGUAUAGGUGGUGAAUGAAUUGUUCGUAUACAUUGAUUUUUUUACUGAGAACUACUGCUCUACUCAUCAUUCAAAUCUUUCAAGCAACUGCGACUACCGAGCUUACAGGUUGUGAGAAGUGUGAUUUACGUUCAUCGUUUUGUCAAAAAAGUAGCAGUACGGGUAAAGUUAAUUGUAUAUGUCGUUCUGGCUUUGUUGCUGAUAGUAUCGGAAAAUGUCGCCAUAUGCUUGAUUCUCGUGAAAUUAAUAUGUCAAAUAAUAAAUGUAUUUCGGGACAAGAUGAAGGAAUAGCUGAAAAAAUAUUAUCAGAAAUAUUGAAAACAUAUGAUCGAAAUUUGGUGCCAUCAGCAAAAGGUGUUGAUGUGGAUGUUGAAAUACUUAUUCAACAGAUAUCUGAAAUUUCCGAAAUACAAAGUAGUUCUAAGAUGCAUAUUUUGUUGGCGCAAAUUUGGCGAGAUCCCAACUUAUCAUUUCAGGAUAUCGAAGGAGCUGAUUGUGUGCAAAAUUUAACUUUAUCACAUCGAAUGGUCGAGAAACUAUGGUUACCAAAUGUGUGUAUUGUUAACAGUAAAGGAUCAUUGAUACAUCAUUCACCUACACCCAAUGUUUUCCUUUCUAUUCUUCCAAAUGGAACCGUUUGGAUAAAUUACAGGAUUAUGGUAGAAACACCAUGUGAAAUGGAUUUUUCAAUUUUUCCAAUGGAUCGUGUUGAAUGCAUAAUGGUUUUUGAAAGUUAUUCAUUUAAUGUUGGUAAAGUUCGUUUACACUGGAAACGUCAUGGAAUUCCGGUGGAAGUAAUCGGACAAACAAAUUUACCGGAUUUUCAUAUGACACAUUAUAUUCAUGAAAAAGCAUCAUUCCACUAUCCAGCGGGUGUUUGGGAUCAUUUAAAUAUAAAGUUAUACUUUCGUCGCUCUUACGGUUUUUACUUGUUGCAAAUUUAUCUACCAACCUAUUGUAUGGUACUCAUCUCAUGGAUAUCAUUUUGGUUGGAUCGUCGAUCGCUUCCAGCUCGUGUCACCGUUGGCGUUUCGUCAAUGAUGGCACUUACUUUGCAAUAUUCCAAUGUUGCAAGGACACUUCCAAAAGUUUCAUAUGUAAAAGGUUUGGAUUUAUUUAUGUUCGGUUGUGUUGGCUACAUAUUUCUAUCGAUUGUUGAAUUAGCUAUUGUUGGAAUGUUAGAGAAACCAACUACAUCAAGGAGUCGCGGGAAUGCUGAAAAUGAUACUGAUUGUAACCUACUCCUGAAUGAAUGCCGACCAAGUAAACGAUUAUUCAGGGAAAAUCGUCGGAGAAAGUUAUCGUUAAUUGAACGGGUUGAUGAAGAUGCACAGAUAUCCGGAAAAGUCGACGUUGAUUUGAAUGAUAGUUUAUGGACACGUAAUACGGCAACAUUCACUAAUUACAAUGAACAAAGGACAACAUCAACAAUUCGAUAUCCGGAAAUAAUGAAAUUAAAUAAUUAUAAUGAUGAUAAUAUGAUCCGUUACUCACCUUGUACAAUUUCCGAAGGAUCAAGAAGUUACAGUAAAUGUCGUCGUAAAAAACAAAGCAAUGAGAGGAGAUUUUUACGACAUUGGACUGGAGAAGAUAUGGAUAACUUAUGUCAAAAGGUUUUUCCGAUUUCAUUCACAUUACUGAAUAUGAUAUAUUGGAUGUAUUAUACCGCAAGAGCGAAUGAUUAAUUAGUUGAUAUUACUUAUCUGAAUGUUCAAUACUGAAUAUCUCUUUCAUUUCAUCCUAAAAUCAAAUUUACUCGGGAUUGUUAUACGUGGAAGAAAUACUUUGGAAAUUUUCCGC